GAGAAAUUAAUCAGAACUUAAUUCUGCUUCUGCUUAACAAGCCCUGGUAUUGCUCCCAGUGCACAGGGAGAAAAUACCCUCGGAACAGGAUAGUCUUCAGCUGGAGGACCUGAAAAUUAUGAAUGAGACAGAAGUGACAGUGGAGCAAUUCCAACAGAAAACAUGCACAAUUUUAACAGUGCUUUGACAAUUUCCUGUGGUAAGCAGCUACAAGAAACAAACUCCCACUAGCGAAUUCUCCAGCACUUAAUGUUAUAAAUGCAUGACUGAUGCACAGACACAGGCUUUGGUCAGGAAAAUUAAAACCAGACUAAUGGGUCUAAAGCAUGGGAACCUUGAAACUAAAUUGAUUGUUUAAUCUCCUGAACAGACAUGACAAUUGACUUCUGUUGCUAAAAGUACUUUUAUAAGGAGGAAGGGGGGAUGCUUUCUCUUUUCUUUCUUUUUUUUUUUUGGUCUUUGCCCACUGAAGCACCUUGGCCCCACCCAUGGAGUCCAGGCCAUGGGCAGGAUGGGCAGCAGCAGCCCUGGCCAUAAGCACACACCACCUCCAUCAGCCCUUGGCUGAAGUUCUGAACUGUAAAUGCUUCCUUGUACCUCCUCCAUUUCUUGGGCAUGGUGAUCAUAGCUCCAUGUGAAAGUGAGCAAAACUAUUGUGUCAGGGUGAAAAUUGAAACAGGAUGAUGGAAAAAAGGUUGGGAGUUCCAGGCCAGGAGAUCCCUGAUGGCUUAAAUUUUCCUGUGGCUCAAACAAACCCCAUGUGAUGAGUUGUUCUUUGUUGGAACCUUACUUUUCUAAGUGGAACGCUUGCUUUGUGAGAGCUGGUUAUCACACAGCAGAAAACAGGAUAAAGAAAUAAACAUUUUUUAACUGGCACAGGGUGAUGGCAUAUCCCCAGCCCAGGGCUGGAGAAGAGCAAGCUUAGUGGCUGCGGCAUCUAGGGAAUGCUGCAACCUGUCCAGGGGCAGGGAAACAUCUACUCACCAUAAAUACAUUCAGGAGGGGGAGAGACACAUGCUUGGAAUAAUCAUCAGGACUAGGGGCUGAAUAGGCAAAGAACUCCAAGAGGUGUGGGUGGAUGCCCCCUGCUCUUGGGUUUUUCUGUGUGCUUCUUCUGCAGUCAGGUACCCAACACUGGAUGACGGCUCUUUGAACUCCAAAAUCCAAGUGUCUGUGAAAUCUGAACUUGGGAAAUUUUCAACAACUACAGAGACGGGACCAGAGCCAUUCCACUAGUGACCUCCUUGCCUCAUGGGAGGCUGUGCUUUAGUCUCCUGGCUCACAGUCCCCCCCACCUCCUCAGUGCUCAUUUCUGCCCAAAGACUGAUCCAGCUUGCCCCACGGCAGAUAUGAACCAGACGCAGGUGAUGGAAUUUGUGCUCUUGGGCUUUCCCCACAGCCGGCCCUUCUUCUUUGCUCUUUUCCUGACCAUUUACCUGGCCACGCUGCUGGGGAACUCUGCAAUACUCUCUCUCGUGUCCCUCGAUCCCCAUCUCCACAGCCCCAUGUACUUUUUCCUUAGUCAUCUGUCCUGCUUAGACCUUUGCUACUCAUCAGUGACGGUGCCCAAGAUCCUGGCAAACACUCUGCGCCCACAGGCAACCAUCUCCUACGGCGGGUGCCUGGCGCAGAUGUUCCUCCUGAUGUGGUGCGCGGGGGCCGAGUGCGCGCUGCUCGCUCUCAUGGCCUACGACCGCUACGCUGCCGUGUGCCAGCCCCUGCACUACGCCCAGGCCCUGAGCCACAGCACCUGUGCAGCAGCUGCUGCUGGCUGCUGGCUCUGGGGGCUGCUGGACUCGGCCGUGCACACCCUCCUGGCGACCCGGCUCUCGUUCUGCGGGGCUGCCCAGCUCCAGCACAUCUUCUGCGACGUGCCGCCGCUGCUGGGGGCCACCUGCAGCAACACCCGCCCCAAUGAGCUGGCCCUCCAUGUGUCCAGCAUCUUUGUGGGACUCAGUCCCUUCCUGUUUGUUGUAAUCUCCUACCUUUGCAUCCUGGCCACCAUCCUCAGGAUGCCACUCGCCACCAGCCGGCGCAAAGCCUUCUCCACCUGCUCUGCACACCUGCUCGUGGUCACCCUGUACUUCACGACAGCCAACCUGAACUACAACCGGCCCAGCUCAGGUUACUCCCCAGCAGCUGAUGUACUGGUCUCCGUGCUGUACUGCAUCAUCACCCCCAUGCUCAACCCCCUCAUCUACAGCCUUCGCAACCAGGAGGUGUGGGGGGCCCUGCGGAAGGUUGUGCGGGUGGCUGGCACACCAGGCUCCGCAGGCAACAACGCCUGACCAGUGCCAGGGCUACCACAGGCUGCCCACACGGCGCUGGCACUGCAAUGUCCAUCUGUGGGACAUCUGUGACAGCACAGGGACCCUGGGGCUCCCGGCCUAAGCAUGUGGCACGCUGUUGUCACUCGUCACCCUCAGCACAUCACUGAUAGCAGAAUGGCAAAAUAAAGUCAGGAACAAGGCUACAGGUCCAGGAUUCUGUCUGUAUUUUUCAGACACCAUGUGCUGAGCUCAGCACGGGCCCUGCAGCAGCUGUGCUAUGGCCAGGGAACCCUGCAAAAAGCUAAUAAUGUGGUGCCAGACGUGCUGGCCCUGGGCAUGGCCACGAGCUGUGCCUCAGGGCUGCCCAAAGUCUUGAGUCUCUGCCCUGUGCAGAACAAGGACAGUGCCUUGGACUGCAAAACCUGGCCUGGGCAAGAGGGGCUGUCCCACUGUCCACCGUUCCCACGUGCCUUGGCUUUAAAUCUGGUGUCUGCUGGGUUUCCCCAGGCUGCCAGGGAGGCUCUGCAGCACUUUGUACAUAAGCACAGUGGCUUGCACAGGCCACCCAUGGCCUCAGUGCUGCAGUCAGACACAGAGGUCUCAGCACAGAGCUGAGAGCUAGUGGCACUGAACUCACCAGAACUGCUUUGUUUAUGGCCAGUAAAAUUUCCCUCUGCAGCUGUUGCAUGUGGUGUGGCCCUGGGUGAUGGUGGCUGAGGACUGGCUGGGGAUGUGGGGCUGCCUCAGUCCCCUCUUCCAGCUGGGGGUCUGCAGCCGGGUGCAGCCUCAAAUGGUUCUGUGGGUGUGGGGGCAGUGGCCAAAUCUACAGCUGCGUACAUGGGGCACAGCAGUGUCCAGCACUGUGCCAGAGCCAGGAGCAGGGGCUCACUGGGGCAAGGGAGAUGGCACAGGCAGGGCACACCUGCAGUCACACAACCUAUGUCAGCUGGAUGUCAGCUGGACACAAACCUGCUUAUCUUUGGCUCAGUUACCAAGAAAUACACAACAAUAUCUAAUCUGCUCCAAAAGAAACCCACUGGAGACUGGGAACUGGGACUUAGGAGGCACACAGCCUUGUUGGGAGCAGUUUGCCAUUUCUUAAUGCACAACACAUGCUGAUUUUACUCUUCAGGGAAAGAAAUGUUUCUGUAACCCACCUGUUGGGUUGGGCUCUUGCUCCUAUCCAGACAGGUUGUGAGCCCCUCAGCCCUCUGUGCUAUAUGCCGUUCUGGAUUCUAAAAUGUCCUAGAAACACCCUCAGUCCAGUGUCACUGGGCACUUCAGAGUCUGACCAAUGAACCCCUUUCUGAAGAGCCCCUGGAAAGGGGCAGCAGGAAACACAGCAGAAACUACACAAGGAAAAAGACUGGGGAAGUUACCUCAGAGAAACAAAAAAUCCAAAGCACUCCAAACAAAAACCCCAAAGCUAACCAACCAGAAAUCCAAACAAGAAACCUCUGGAAAAUUACAUUAAAAUUGAUAAUUUUUAACCUGGAUGCCAAUGCACCCUUCCUGUGACAGACACAGCCUUUGGGUUUUCCAGGAUCAAACACUGAGCAGGAAUGCCACACUCCUGCCUGGAUAGUACAGCCUUGGUCAACUGGUGGGUGGUCCAGAACUCACCUGCGAACCACACUGAACUCUAAAGCUUUAGUGUCACAGUGGGACCCUCUGCACACAUUGCUGGCAGUGGCAGUGACUGGGGUGUGCUCCCACAGCCCCUCAGGUGU